AUGCAGAGGAAUUCCAUUCCAGUGGGUGUGUCUAGUCCUAGAUAUGGUGUCACCCAUAAAAGGGUGGGUGUCUUCUGGAAUAGUGAAGUAAAAGAUGUGUCCAGAACUAAAAGAGCAUAAUAAGAGUCAACAGAUUUUGUUGGUAUUACUGUAUCUCUAAUUGUGCAAAGAGGACUGCAGACUGGAUGGAGCAAAAUGGUAAAGGUCAAUUAAAUGUGAACAUAUUAGUGCCUGUACCUGUACAUGGUAGCAACAGUAGAGUGUUAAAAGGGUUCAGCCAUGUCUGCUUUUUUAUUGUUGUUGUUGUUUUUUUCUGGAUGUCAUGUUAUAAGUUGACAACAGGCCAUUUGCACGAUGAUGUCAUUUUACUUCUAUGACCAGACUCCUUUUCGUUUUUCCUUCAAUAUUAUUUUAAACUUGGUAAUCCCAGUGAGGUUUAAAUGACAAAAGUUCUAACUUCCAAGAGAACGCAAAACCCUGAAGGAUUCUGGUCAUAGUAGUAAAAUGAUGCCAUCAUGCAAAUGGCUUAUUAUUAUCAAGUAUGAAAUAUAGAGAUUACACUGGGUUCAAUAUUUUAAUUUUCAUUUAAUUUAAGGGUUAAUGCAUCAAAGGAUAGAGGUUAGCCUAUGAGGAAGUAGUUGAACAUGAGGUUACUAGACGACUCAAAGUGGAAAUCUUGUCCUCUAAACCACUUAGCCAUCCUCCAUUCUGAAUUUAUUGACUGAUGGCUUUGAAACAAAGGUUACCAUUAAAGUGAUCUAAGGCACCUAUUCUAGGUUGUAGUAUUGUUUCUUUUUUAUGAGAGAUGGGGAAUAAAGCUAUAACUUGAGAUCAGGCUCUAUUUUAAAUUCACUUAGUACAUGUGAAUGUUGUGGUUCAGUUUUAUCCUGGGUUUACAUUUGUAAAUUUUAUUUCCCUUUGUUCUAAACUCAUCAUACCUUAACAUUCUCAUAAACAAAGGAAAAUAAAAUUUAAACCAAGUAUAAAAUUGAACAACAACCUAGAUAAAAUCCUAGUGACUAUGUAACAGAGAAAGUAAAAAAAAAUUGUGCCUGGUAUCAGGCUAAUAAUUAAAAGCUGCUUUGAAUUUUAUGGAUAACUAGAUACAGAAUUCUUAUCCUGCCAAUACAACAAUGCUAUCAAAUCCAUCAUAGCAUGAAGCUGUAAUUUCAGCUGUAUUAUUAUUUUAUAGCUCCAUGCUCAUGUUAUAUAAGUCUUACUGUGGCAACUGUUGCAAGACUUCAUGCAGUUCUCAAUCAUCCAUCCAUAGUUUUUCUUGCAUUCUCCGGCUGCUGCCCACUGGCCACAAGAGGAACUCUUAUCUGUACAUAUUGACACUGCAAUAUUAAAAAGGUUCACUGUAGGUACAGGUAAUGUACAGCAUAGCAAUUUACAUUACCAGAAAGGUAUUGAAUGGAGUACAAUAGAGUAUACAUAAUGUACACCGGCGGUACGUUGCACAUUGUCAAACAAACAGUCACAAUUUCGAUUACAACCAGUGACAAAUGUUGUUAAAAAGAGAUCCCGAUAUUUAUCACUGUAAAUUUCUAUCCCUGUCUCAGUGGAAUAUCUGAUCUGCUUCAAAAGUCUGGUUAGUCUUGAAAGAAACAAUAGAAGGCACUGCUCAAGAAAGUAAGGUAUGAAAAAGUGUGUUGGUCAGAAUUAUGCUGACAUUAAACAACGUAAGGUGAACUUACAGUCAUGCAAUAUGUAACUAGCAGGAAGAAUUCCAUCAUGACCAUAAAGACCUGUAACAAUAAGGUUAAACAUUUGUAGUAGCUAAACGGUAAACACUUAAAGAUCAAAAUCAAAAUCCAGUAAAAGAUCCUGAAUGACUCUGAACAGUAAUUUUUACACGAAUGUUAUCAAAUGAAACUGAUCAAGUUGAAUUUUUACAUUUUAUAGAUUUUAGGUAAAAACAUCUGAAGAGUAUAUUUAAUCGCUGCUGUUGUUAUCGUUUGACUAGCGAUCGCUCAGUUACAAACUCGCGGACCGACAUGUACACUGUAUCCUCUCAUCAGUGGGUACAGAACAGUUAUAAGUCAUCAUACCAAAAACAUUGGAAGGGUCCACGUACCUGGUAUUUGUAUGUAUAGCGAGGUGAAAGCAAAUAAAUAAAUUGCUGCCAUGCACCAAAGGAAACCCUGACGAACCACCUGUUGAGGCGCUCGACAUUUUGCCACUGCGGUCAUCUUAUAAACAUUGCUCAGAAUUUCCUGGGGCAAAAGCUUGUAAUUUUAGACUUAAAACGUUUCUUUGUGUAUUGAUGGCAUGUUUAUCUGCAAUGUAGAUUCAAAGCAAUUGAAAACUUUCCUGUUUUCAUUUCGAAUUGGGCGCCAAACAUCCUAUUAGAUCGAAAUUCGAGAACAAAGAAAAUAUUUUGUCCUGUUUAUGGAUUAGUUUACAUGAAGGGACUGGUGAAGAUCACCGUGGACUCGGGGGAAAUCCAAACAUGGCAGCUCACGGAAAGCAAGCUCUCGUACAAAAUACAUUUUUAUGGUUUAUUGCCGCGAUUUAUCUCUUUGCUUUCUCCUCUUUUUACAUACAGAUACCAGGUAAAUACUGCAAUUUCAUUUCAUUUCCUUGCAUGAUAAACCUAAAUUGGGUAAUCGAUAGAAACGUUAACUUAUACCAUGACUUCUAAACAAUGCAGGUCUUUAUGGCAAAAAUGGUGUUCUUCCUGCCAAGCUUGCCCUGAGAGAAGGUACGAUGUUAAUUUAACUUCAUGGAAGCGUUUUCUUUUGUUUACAUAUAUCAACUUGGUGAGGUGAUAAGUAACGGAAAAAUUUACGAGAAACUUUUUUUUUUAAAUUUUAUUUUUUAAACUUGGUUUUAUUGUUUUAAAAAAUUUUUGUAUGAGGGGGGUAAAAUUUUUUGGGGGAAUGCUUGGGAAGGGCAGAGGGGGGGGGAGGGGGGGGGGGGGGGGGGGGGGGGGGGUUUCUCACCGAAGUUAAGUACGGGGAUGUUCCACCUCGAAAGCCAAGAAGAAGAAAUGUGUGGCAUUAGUGAGACUUUUCUGGUAAACUUGUUAAGAUGUACCAUUUAGAAAUGGUUACAGGCCUGUUGAUGAUUCAAAUCAAUCAGAUGUAAUGCAAUAAUUAAUAGGCAUUUUGUAAAUUCAGAGAGUUCAUCUAUAGAAGAAAACUUCUGGCAUAAGCCUACCCUCCUGUGGCUCACCCCCAAGCUUGGAUUGGACACUCAGACUGGCAUGGAGCUUCUUUGUUUAGUGGGAAUGCUUCUUUCAAUGCUGGCCAUGUCAUUCAGAUCCUGGAGAGAUUCAGUUACAUUCUUUGUCCUUUGGUUUCUUUAUUAUUCUUUAUAUCAGGUAAAAACUCACUCACUUAAGAAUCUCUAGGUACCAGAUGAUUGCAUGUAGUAUACCAGCUAGUCUGUAUUUGUAACACAUGUUGCAAUUUUUUUGUUACUAAAAUUAUAGACUUUAUUCAUACAAAAUGCAUAUUGUACAGUCAUGUACAUAUAUACAAUUAUUUACUUUAACCAUUUAUCCAUCUCUCUAUAUAAAAAAAAACAAACAAAGAUCUCUCUAGGAACAUCCUUAAUAUAGAAGAGAAUUUGUUUAAUAAUUCAAGACAAUCUGAUUAUUAAUUUUGUAAGAUUUUUUUUGAGAAAUUACCAUGAUAAUCAUUCAACCAACAACAGCACACUUAGCUUGAAGGGGUAUUCAAAUUCUAAACUUCAUUUCGCAUAUAAUAUAAACUAUAGUACUUAUACAGUAGCUUUACAUCUCAAUGUAUCACCAGCGUAUAUUGAGAACAAUGUCGCACAUAUUGAAUGUGAAACCUAAUUUCAUUUUCAGGUGGGACAAACAUUCAUUUAUUUCCAGUGGUAAGAUCAUUAUUCAGUAACUGUUGAUUACAUUCAUGUAUCAACUAUUGCAAACAUUGCUUUAAUUUCGUAUUUCAAUGCUCCUGCGCAACAUGUUAUAAACAUACAUGGAUUUAAACUAAAAUGCUCACUUUGCACCCUAGAGAACUGGUAUUGAGCUUUUCACCUCCAGGCCCAAGUGAAAUUUUUCUUAGAGUGCAGCCUUGUAAAACAAUGACUCACUAAGAUCGGUGACAUUAUUAACUUCAUUUCUUUCUUUUUUUCAGGGAUAUCCUUCUUAUGGAGACAGGAUUUUUAACAAUUCUUGUUUCUCCUCUGAAUUUGUUUAAAGCAAGAACUAAUUACAGGUAUACAUGCAAGCAUCCCUCCAAUAAUUUAUGUUGGACCAAACCCAACUUGGACUUUGAGGGGGUGGGAAGAGAAACAGUGGUAUAGGGGAAAAGCUUGUGGAUCAAUCAACAGAGCCUUUUUCUGUAUAUUUUGUAGCCUGAGAGCAAAGCUCCCCUAGGAGUUGAGGGGAACUAAAAUGCAGCUUUAAAAUAAUGUCAAAAGAGCUAUGGAGUGCAUACCAACUUCAAAAAUGUUGCAAUUGAAAGAAUGAGCUUUGACUGUCAAAUUGCAAUAGAGCUAAGUUAAAGCUCUUUGCCAUAUCCUGUCAUGUGUUUGGGAAUUUCUUAAAGAGCUGAACAAUCCUUAUGGAAAACUGCAAAUGGUAACAAUAGAAUAGACUAAUUUUGAUAUGUUGAAAUUCAGACCUGACUCUGAGGCUUAGGGAAAUGAAACAAAAGAAAUUAAAUCAUCUUGCAGCUUAGUAAUGAACAAAAGCGGAGCACCACGGGUAAGAAAAUUUGGUCAUCCAUGCAUCCAAGAAAUUUUGGUAGUCAGGUGACUGUACACCCAUCUGUUCACACCACAGGCUAACCAAUGUGAAAUGGUCUUUUUUACUUUGUGUGGAGCCUGCAACCUCUGUUAUUUUUACUUGAUAAUAGACAUCCAUGCUAUGCAUGGUCAUCUUGGCCACCUCGACAUAUAGAGAGAAAAAGCAACAACAAAGCCGAGUCUCUUUUUUCGACUAAAUUUUAUUGUGCAUGACGUCUAUAACAGAGAAAUAUUAAGAGCUAGAUCAGGGGAUAAAAAACAAAGGAGACGAAUUUUCAUUAGAAAAAAAACAUGAGAUUUUUACAUGCUGGUGAGAAAAUGAGAAAUGUUAGUGGCCAGUAAGGUAAAAAUGAGCGGCAGUGAAAAAGAAAGCAAACAGGAACAAUGAAGUUUCAAUUAUGUUUGUGAGAUUCAUACAACUGUACAACAUCUCCUUCAUAAAACGUGUAACUAGAAAGUAUCAUGUUGUAGUCUUGCAACAACAACUGCAAAGAAAUGUACAAAAAAGUGUGUUCACAUGCAAAGUUGUUUUUUAUGCUAAUUAUACCUAUCGCUGUUUUUUUUUUUUGCCGUUUUCGUUGCCUUUGCAUUCAUCAUUAUACGAUUUUAUUUUGGUGUGAGUGGAUUAUAAGUAUAGUUAGCAAGAGCUUCGCUUUUUAUAGCCCUGCUGAAUCAAUAGUUAUAUUACAUUUCUUUUGUUUUAUUCCCUAAAGCCUCAUAGCCAAGUAUGAAUUUUAAUAUAUUGAAACUUGUGGUCUAUUACUCCUCCAGAUAGUCAAGAUAGUCAAUUGUAAUGUUUAUACCCUGUUCCGGGCUUCCAGAUAAAGAAGACAUCAUUGAGAACUUUAGCAAGUAAUCAUGUGGGGGCUGCUACUCUUCUUUUCACAGAUCACAAACAUCUUAUAAUUGCUUGACCUUUGCAAAAUCCCUGUACUAGCCUCAGGAGCAGUACAUGUAUAAGCUCCAGUGCUUAUAAACAAUUUAUCUAACCAAAAGGAGUUUGCACCAUAUUGUCUGCUGCACAGCAGCAGGUUGAUGUGCUAUUGCAGCCUCAAAAAUUUUGAGGCUGCAAUAAUGUUUGCCUGCAGGCAUUUCUGAACUCUACCUGAUUUCACGCCUACCCCAACUGGAAGGUCGGUUCACAGCUGGCCACUUGAUACCAGAAGGAUACUGUCUAAGGGCAUCAUUAGUAAGGACUACACUGUGUCAUUGCCAACUGACAGAGUCAUUUUAAGGAUAUCAUCUAGCUUAGGGUGUUACCCAAUGAUAUAUAUCUACCAACCUGAUUGUGUCAUUUCUUAGCUCAACAUGUAUGAUCUGUAGCUAGCAGGGUGUGGUUCCAAGGAUUAUCACCAUUAAGGUCUCUUUCCCAUGGUAUCUAUCCUAUGGUAUCCUAAUAAGGUUUGUUCCCUGGGCAUCGUCCCAAGGGUAUCAUUCCCAGAGUGUCAUCCCAAGAGUAUUGAUCACUAUAUAUGUAUACAUUCCCUAUAGAUCCCAGGUCAUCAACAGACUGGAAUCAUAAGGAUAUUGAUAUAACAAUAAUGAAAACAUAUAAUACAAACUACUGAAACAACUUUAGACUAAGAAAACUGCUGUCAAUGAACGCAGUUCCUGCUAAAACCCUGGGUUGUUAUCAUCUUUGUAUCACUGAGUCAUCUACCUACCGAGAGUAGGCCAUUUGCAAGCUGCCCCAAUCCUCUGUUUUAAAGUGAGCCUAAGUGCUCAGCUUUUGAUAUGAAAAUGAUUUUUUUAUUCUCAUGCAAAUAUAACUCAUUUUCACAAGAAAGGUUUUUCACUUAGCCUCAUUUGAAAGUGAGAGUUUUUGGAACUCGGAAAUGGCCUAUUAAUUUUCUUGUUGUCAGUGAAUCACCCCUUGACCGUCACUUGCUGGAUCAGGUUUCAGAGACAUCAUGACAACAUAACUCUGUGGUUAGUAAAGUGGCUUGCUUUUAGACUGAUGUUCUGUUCUGGAAUUGUCAAGCUGUCAAGUCGAUGUCCUACAUGGUGGGGAUUAACCGCACUUGAUUGGCACUAUGAAUCACAGGUACAACUAGUGUGCAUACAGCUCUGGAAAAGUUUGAUUGCACGCAUUUAUUUGGGAAAAAAAUUUAUGUUAUUCUUGUUAAUAGUGGGACAUUACAUGUACAUGCACAGUACCGCUUCAAAAAAGGUGACAGACACUCUCGUCUCUUGAGACCCAAUUCUUGCAUCUCGAAACUCAAACAUAUUAAGAAUCAAGACAGGUAAUCAAGUUUUGAGGAGUGAGUCGAAAUCAUCAACUUGUGUUUGAGCGGUACUGUAAGUCAACUUUUUUAAUUACUGAUUUCUCAAAGACUGACUAAUGCAUGAGUCAGUUUUAUUUGUUGUAGUGUAUCCCCACCCCACUGGCUUGGUAUGCACAUCAGCUCCCAAAAUGGUUUCAGAGGCUAAGUGUAGUUCUAACGUGAGUAAGUUACACACGGUAUUUAGCAUUAUAAAAAUUGUGGUAAUUAGUUUUGUAAUAUUAAACAUUUGAUUCUGAAUGACUUGAACCCUCGCUAACUCGAACCUCGUACUGGAUUUUUCUCAUACAUUUACUGUAAUUUCAUUCUCGGUAACUCGAAUGCCCCGCUAUUAAACUCACGGUAUUUUUUUCCCUUCGGAUCAUUCCUAUAUAAUUCUACCCUUGAUAUCUCGAAUCAUAUGCACAUUUUAAGCAUGUGAUACGUCGGGAAAAAAAAAGAAAAAGAAAACAGAGUACUGAAGUCCAAAACAUUGAUUGAAAAAACAAUCGAAACAAUAAUUCUUCAUUAUAAUAUUCUUUGUUUUUCCUUUUUUGUCACUCCAGAUCAAAUUCAGUGUCUAUCUCAGUAUAUUAAUCAAAUUGUUGCUUUAAAAGUCCUUUUACAAAAAUAAUAUUAGUCUAUAUCUCUUACUGCCCUUGAAGUGAGGUGUGCAUAAUAGUUGCAUUUCCCCCCCAUCCAUUUGCUUAUAUUUCUUAUUCCCUGUUAUCUGCUUUGAACUCCCGAUAACUCAAACUUUUUCUAUUUCCCUAGAAGGUUUGGUGUUAUCGAGUCGACUCAGUUAUAACAAUGAAUUAACCAACAAUUAGAUAUUUUAUUUUAUUUAGACUAUUAGUUCUAGUGUUCUAGAAGUCAACAGUCUUCAUAGUGCAUUUGAUCUGUGCAAAAUUUUGAACAUGUAAUAUAAUGUAAAAAAGUCUUUUUUAUACAAUAAGGCGAAUUCAUUAAAUAUUAAAAAUUAAAAUAUAUUAUCCAAAAAAACAAAUACUAAAUUUCAAUUCCAGUGCUUUUGUGGCUGCUUAUUAUAAAGUUUUUCUUUUUUUUCUGGGAUAAUAAUUAAAUAUUAAUUUUUAAUAAUAAUUAUGAUUUAUCUACUUCUUCCUUGACUGAAACAUUGUGAAAAUUGUUUUUUCUAGUUGUUAUUGUUUUGGGUUUGUUCAAAACACCAGUGUGCUACUCAUCAAUAACAUAAUAGAUAGUGAGAAUGUCAACCAAUCAGACUGUAGAUUCAUGACAGUAUGCUGGUUGCUGUCUACUAAUCUCUGUUUACAAGUGCAUGUAUAUGUAAUAUUGGAACCUUGCAUAACUACUGCCAAAAAUUAUUCAGAUGACCAAAUCUCCUGUGGCCAGGAUUUCAUGGCCCAAUGGUGCUCAUAUUAACAUUGUUCCAUUGUACUUCUUUCUUUUUUCUUGUUUUUUAUUAAUGCUUUGUAUUUUCUUCCAGGUAUGUCAUUUUAAUUGCAUUAUCAUGGCUAUUUUUCAUUCCUGUUCGAUCCUUGAGGAUAUUUUCAUUUUAUGCCCAGGUGAUUUUGCUAUUUUAAGUUUGACUCAUAUUAAAAAAUAAUUUUGCCUGGUUUUAAGGAAAAGUUAAUGUACAACAGUACAAUGUGGUUUAGAGUCAGGUGGAACUGAGUACUUAGUCUAGAGUAGGGUAGACUCUAGCAGUGAGGGUGGUACUCUAAGAAUUCUUUAGUGUUGAUACAUUGUGUUGGGCUUUCAAAAAAUUCUUGGCAGAUUGAAUGGUGGAGGAAAAUUGCUGUUUAUUGGCUCAGUUAUUAGAUGGUGCUGUCUUUAUUUUGAGCAUGCUGCAAGAUGUACUCUGGUUUGCCCGCUAUGAACAAGCCUUGCUGUUGCACCUUGUUACUAGCUACAGAUAUCUUGGUCUCAAGUUGUGUGUGCAAAGUGCUUAUAGUUCCUGUACUAAUGAAAUAUUAACUAAAGGUCAUCUACAGUUUACAUAUACGUGUCUGAUGUACAAUGUACCGGUAGUCACAGCAGGCAGAAAAAAAAAAGUUAAUAAUAAUAAUAAACGUGCACAUGGGACUUACAUUGGUAGUUACCAAAUUGCAAUGAUUACAAGCUGACAACUGUAGGGUACACAUGUACAUGUACAUUAAGUGUUACAAGUUGAUGGUUUAUUUUGGUUGUUUUAUUAAAGCUUCUUUCUUUUUUUCUUCAUUAGAUAUUCUUCCAAGUUCUAAUUAUUCUCACUGGUAACUAUAAUUUCUUCAAUCUUCUGGCGAUUGCGCUGUUGUUACCAAUUCUCGAUGAUGAGCAUUUGGUCACGAUUCUACCAUCAUGGCUUGGUAAGGAAACCACGCCCCCCCUCCCCCCACCCCCUAAUGCAACUGCUUGGUUUUACAAAUGUCCUCACUUCCCUCACAGAGGGUGGAGAGGCAUCGGUGUAUUGCCUGAGAUGAGGGAGACUCUACACUCAAUUUCAGCCGCUCACUGGGCUUAUUUUCAGCAGCGACAAGUAACUGAACCUUGGUUCUGCUGAACUAAAUAACCUUAUGGUCCCAAAAAGAGACAGAUCCAGUUAGUGAAGCUAAAAAGUUGUGUGUCUUAUUAGCUGAACGAUGAAUUUUAUCGCGAUUUGUCGGCUGUCAGAAAUUUUCUUGAUUAUCUUUACAGUACACUUAUCACAAAUUCAAAGCGUUUCUGGUUAUAGUAAACUUUAAAUUGUUAGAGGAAAACUCCUUAUUUGGACAACAACGUCAUAAUAAAAUGCCCCAAGAUACCAUCUUCAUACAACAAUUAAGCUUGGCGACAAUGAUUUCAGCGUACGCGAGUUAGUAAGAAUAGCUAUGUUGCCAAAAAUCCAAAAAAAUGCCCGUGGGUGUUACAUUUUAGUUCCCUGUGGGGUACCCUUCUGUAUGAGAGGUGGUCUCACAUGGAGGUUCAACUGUAUUUAAUUUUUUAUCUCUUUAGUAAGAGGACAAACUGUCAGACCAACACAAAGAAGUACUUUGGCCAAAUUAAUAACAAGAAUCGUGGUUCUUGGAACAAUAACAGCUGUAAUUUAUUGGACAGUCCAGCUGUUUGCUUUAGAGCUCUCUUCUACUGAAGUUUUAAAGUCCAAGAUAAGUACGUACUAAUUUGUAUAAAUAAUUCGAACAUCCUAACCUUCUUUAAGUGCCAUAUACCAUUUAAGUAACUAAAUACCUAUUUACGACACUGUUUUAUUCUGCCACUGGAUACGGGGCCAUUUGGGGCCGCCAUUUCUAUGUGAUAAUCCGAGCCACAUUAAGAUCUAGCCGUUUGCAGUCCAGCGUUCUAUGUACGAAGCUAACACUGCCGUCUAAAAAUUAGCUGUUUUUGCAAUGGGUUUUAUCAUUCAGUCAAAACAUUUCUCUAUUUUUUCCGUCUCUGAUAACCCAGUGGCGGAUCCAGGGGAGAAGCCAGGAGGGGCCGAGCCCCUCCCCUUAUUUUUAGACCAAAUUGAGGCCCGAAGGGCCGAAAAAAUGUUUUGUUUUUUUUUACUUACCAAAUUGUUAUUUUCAAACCUAGACUGUCUCGGUAAUAUUUCUUUGUUUAUUUUAGUUUUUUGGUUUAUUGUUGCCAGCUUUCUCACAGAGGACAUUCUUCAAAGCAGUGGAUCAGGCUGUUCCCAUCACAAUAUGGAUCGGCACUACAUCUUUGGGAGUAGAAAUUAUUGUAUCAUUUGUAGGGUAAACUUUACGUUUUUCGUCAGUUCUUCACUCAGUGAUCUCACUCAGUUUAGAAAGAGAAGCGUAGCGGCUUUUUCAUGACGAGCUCUUGGCAUCGACACGGUUUGUAUCGUGACCGAAAUUUUAAAGGUACCUCUUAUACAUUAUAGAGGGAUCCCGUACUCCAUUCACCAUUGGAGUAUACAGCACUCGCCACAUGAACGCCUUGCAGUCCUAUUUUUUGUAAAGUAACAGUUGCUCGAAAGCUGUGGGUUAACGAUUUUCCCGAGUUAGAAUUUUAGUCGAUGGCUAAUUUUAUUCCCCCUUAUAGAUUGUUGGAUAGUCAUUUGGGUUAACAUAUCUGGAAAUCUGUGUUAAGGCUCAAUAAAGUUAUCGAAGCUCCAAAUACAUAUUCUUAAAACGAGAUGUCUUCAAAUUGUGCUCAACAGGGGUUAAAGAGUACACUCGUCGAUUUAUCUUAAGUUUUAUCAUUCUGUUAUAACAGGCCUAAAUAUCAUUUGCAGGUGUGUCAUGGAAAAAGGUGUGUUUAAGAAAUUAUGGUCGUUACUUCAAUGGGCGGUAUUUAGUUUUGCAACGCUUGGAAUGUUUGCCAUAAGCUUGGUAAGAAUAAAUACCUUAUAACAACAGAAUUCUAUCAUUUAUAAUUAUCUCCCUGGAUCGUUACUGCCGGCAGAUGUUUCUUUCUGGCAUAUGCUUUGUAUUUUCUUCCAGGUAUGUCAUUUUAAUUGCAUUAUCAUGGCUAUUUUUCAUUCCUGUUCGAUCCUUGAGGAUAUUUUCAUUUUAUGCCCAGGUGAUUUUGCUAUUUUAAGUUUGACUCAUAUUAAAAAAUAAUUUUGCCUGGUUUUAAGGAAAAGUUAAUGUACAACAGUACAAUGUGGUUUAGAGUCAGGUGGAACUGAGUACUUAGUCUAGAGUAGGGUAGACUCUAGCAGUGAGGGUGGUACUCUAAGAAUUCUUUAGUGUUGAUACAUUGUGUUGGGCUUUCAAAAAAUUCUUGGCAGAUUGAAUGGUGGAGGAAAAUUGCUGUUUAUUGGCUCAGUUAUUAGAUGGUGCUGUCUUUAUUUUGAGCAUGCUGCAAGAUGUACUCUGGUUUGCCCGCUAUGAACAAGCCUUGCUGUUGCACCUUGUUACUAGCUACAGAUAUCUUGGUCUCAAGUUGUGUGUGCAAAGUGCUUAUAGUUCCUGUACUAAUGAAAUAUUAACUAAAGGUCAUCUACAGUUUACAUAUACGUGUCUGAUGUACAAUGUACCGGUAGUCACAGCAGGCAGAAAAAAAAAAGUUAAUAAUAAUAAUAAACGUGCACAUGGGACUUACAUUGGUAGUUACCAAAUUGCAAUGAUUACAAGCUGACAACUGUAGGGUACACAUGUACAUGUACAUUAAGUGUUACAAGUUGAUGGUUUAUUUUGGUUGUUUUAUUAAAGCUUCUUUCUUUUUUUCUUCAUUAGAUAUUCUUCCAAGUUCUAAUUAUUCUCACUGGUAACUAUAAUUUCUUCAAUCUUCUGGCGAUUGCGCUGUUGUUACCAAUUCUCGAUGAUGAGCAUUUGGUCACGAUUCUACCAUCAUGGCUUGGUAAGGAAACCACGCCCCCCCUCCCCCCACCCCCUAAUGCAACUGCUUGGUUUUACAAAUGUCCUCACUUCCCUCACAGAGGGUGGAGAGGCAUCGGUGUAUUGCCUGAGAUGAGGGAGACUCUACACUCAAUUUCAGCCGCUCACUGGGCUUAUUUUCAGCAGCGACAAGUAACUGAACCUUGGUUCUGCUGAACUAAAUAACCUUAUGGUCCCAAAAAGAGACAGAUCCAGUUAGUGAAGCUAAAAAGUUGUGUGUCUUAUUAGCUGAACGAUGAAUUUUAUCGCGAUUUGUCGGCUGUCAGAAAUUUUCUUGAUUAUCUUUACAGUACACUUAUCACAAAUUCAAAGCGUUUCUGGUUAUAGUAAACUUUAAAUUGUUAGAGGAAAACUCCUUAUUUGGACAACAACGUCAUAAUAAAAUGCCCCAAGAUACCAUCUUCAUACAACAAUUAAGCUUGGCGACAAUGAUUUCAGCGUACGCGAGUUAGUAAGAAUAGCUAUGUUGCCAAAAAUCCAAAAAAAUGCCCGUGGGUGUUACAUUUUAGUUCCCUGUGGGGUACCCUUCUGUAUGAGAGGUGGUCUCACAUGGAGGUUCAACUGUAUUUAAUUUUUUAUCUCUUUAGUAAGAGGACAAACUGUCAGACCAACACAAAGAAGUACUUUGGCCAAAUUAAUAACAAGAAUCGUGGUUCUUGGAACAAUAACAGCUGUAANCUGCCAAAAAUUAUUCAGAUGACCAAAUCUCCUGUGGCCAGGAUUUCAUGGCCCAAUGGUGCUCAUAUUAACAUUGUUCCAUUGUACUUCUUUCUUUUUUCUUGUUUUUUAUUAAUGCUUUGUAUUUUCUUCCAGGUAUGUCAUUUUAAUUGCAUUAUCAUGGCUAUUUUUCAUUCCUGUUCGAUCCUUGAGGAUAUUUUCAUUUUAUGCCCAGGUGAUUUUGCUAUUUUAAGUUUGACUCAUAUAAAAAAAAUAAUUUUGCCUGUUUUUAAGGAAAUUAAGGGCCAGUAAAGUUAAUGUACAACAGUACAAUGUGGUUUAGAGUCAGGUGGAACUGAGUACUUAGUCUAGAGUAGGGUAGACUCUAGCAGUGAGGGUGGUACUCUAAGAAUUCUUUAGUGUUGAUACAUUUUGUUCGGCUUUCAAAAAUUCUUGGCAGAUUGAAUGGUGGAGGAAAAUUGCUGUUUAUGGGCUCAGUUAUUAGAUGGUGCUGUCUUUAUUUUGAGCAUGCUGUAAGAUGUACUCUGUUUUGCCUGCUACGUAACAAGCCUUGCUGUUGCACCUUGUUACUAGCUACAGAUAUCUUUCGAUCUAAAUGCACCUCGUAGCAAUUAAGUGAAAAACACUUGCUGAUAUUGAAACUUGGUCUCAAGUUGUGUGUGCAAAGUGCGUAUAGUUCCUGUACUAAUGAAAUAUUAACUAAAGGUCAUCUACAGUUUACAUGUACAUGUCUGAUGUACAAUGUACCGGUAGUCACAGCAGCAGGAAAAAAAAAGUUAAUAAUAAUAAUAAACGUGCACAUGGGACUUACACUGGUAGUGACCAAAUUGCAAUGAUUACAAGCUGACAACUGUAGAUACACAUGUACAUUUACAUUAAGUGUUACAAGUUGAUGGUUAAUUUUGGUUGUUUUAUUUAAGCUUCUUUCUUUGUUUCUCCAUUAGAUAUUCUUCCAAGUUCUAAUUAUUCUCACUGGUAACUAUAAUUUCUUCAAUCUUCUGGCGAUUGCGCUGUUGUUACCAAUUCUCGAUGAUGAGCAUUUGGUCACGAUUCUACCAUCGUGGCUUGGUAAGGAAACCACGCCCCCCCACCCCCUAAUGCAACUGCUUGGUUUUACAAAUGUCCUCACUUCCCUCACAGAGGGUGGAGAGGCAUCGGUGUAUUGCCUGAGAUGAGGGAGACUCUACGCUCAAUUUCAGCCGCUCACUGGGCUUAUUUUCAGCAGCGAUAAGUAACCGAACCUUGGUUCUGCUGAACUGAAUAACCUUAUGGUCCCAAAAACAGACAGAUCCAGUUAGUGAAGCUAAAAAGUUGUGUGUCUUAUUAGCUGAACGAUGAAUUUUAUCACGAUUUGUUGGCUUAAUAUCCGCAGAAACAGCGUAAAAACUGUCAGAAAUUUUCUUGAUUAUCUUUACAGUACACUUAUCACAAAUUCAAAGCGUUACUGGUUAUAGUAAACUUUAAAUUGUUAAAGGAAAACUCCUUAUUUGGACAACAACGUCAUAAUAAAAUGCCCUAAGAUACCAUCUUCAUACAAAAAUUAAGCUUGGCGACAAUGAUUACUCGAGUUAGUAAGAAUAGCUAUGUUGCCAAAAAUCAAACAAAAAUGCCCGUGGGGGGGUGUUACAUUUUAGUUCCCUGUGGGGUACCCUUCUGUAUGAGAGGUGGUCCCACAUGGAGGUUCAACUGUAUUUAAUUUUUUAUCUCUUUAGUAAGAGGACAAACUGUCAGACCAACACAAAGAAGUACUUUGGCCAAAUUAAUAACAAGAAUCGUGGUUCUUGGAACAAUAACAGCUGUAAUUUAUUGGACAGUCAAGCUGUUUGCUUUAGAGCUCUCUUCUACUGAAGUUUUAAAGUCCAAGAUAAGUACGUACUCAUUUGUAUAAAUAAUUCGAACAUCCUAACCUUCUUUAAGUGCCAUAUACCAUUUAAGUAACUAAAUACUUAUUUACGGCACUGUUUGAUUCUGCCGCUGGAUACGGGGCCACUUCGGGCCGCCAUUUCUACGUGAUAGUCCGAGCCGUUUGCAGUCCAGCGUUCUAUGUACGGAGCUAACACUGCCGUUUUAUAAUUAGCUGUUUUUGCAAUGGGUUUUAUCAUUCAGUCAAAACAUUUCUCUAUUUUUCUCCGUCUCUGAUAACCCAGUGGCGGAUCCAGGGGAGAAGCCAGGAGGGGCUGAUCCCCUCCCCUUAUUUUUAGACCAAAUAGAGUACUAAAGUGUGACGUCAUAAAAAUGAAAUUUCUGAAAUUAUGGGAUUUGUCAGGAUAUUCUGAAAGAACAAUGUCCAAUAGGCCUACUUGCCGAAAAUGAGCAUUUGGGGGCAAAUUGUCUCUGAGAUCGUAGCCCAGUUAUGCUUACAAAACUCCAUACAAACCCUUCUAAAUUUUUUUUGGGUCGACCAAAAAAAAAAUUAGAAGGGUUUGUAUGGAGUUUUCUGAGUAUAACUGGGCUACGAUCUCAGAGACAAUUUGCCCCCAAAUGCUCAUUUUUGGCAAGUAGGCCUAUUGGACAUUGUUCUUUCAGAAUAUCCUGACAAAUCCCAUAAUUUCAGAAAUUUCAUUUUUAUGACGUCAUCACUUUAGUACUCUAUUGAGGCCCGAAAGGCCGAAAUUUUUUGUUUUGUUACUUCCCAAAUUGUUAUUUUGAAACCUAGACUGUCUCGGUAAUAUUUCUUUUUUAUUAUUGUUUUUUGGUUUAAUGUCGCCAGCUUUCUCACAGAGGACAUUCUUCAAAGCAGUGGAUCAGGCUGUUCCCAUCACAAUAUGGAUCGGCACUACAUCUUUGGGAGUGGAAAUUAUUGUAUCAUUUGUAGGGUAGGCUUUACGUUUUUCUUCAGUUCUUCACUCAAUGAUCUCACUCAGUUUAGAAAGAGAAGCGUAGCGGCUUUUUCAUGACGAGCUCUUGGCAUCGACACGGUUUGUAUUGCGACCAAAAUUUCAAAGGUACCUCUUGUACCUUAUAGAGGGAUCCCGUACUCCAUUCACCAUUGGAGUAUACAGCAUUCGCCACAUGAACGCCUUGCAGUCCUAUUUUUUGUAAAGUAACAGUUACUCGAAAGCUGUUGGUUAACGAUUUUCCCGAGUUAGAAUUUUAGUCGAUGGCUAAUUUUAUUUCCCCUUAUAGACUGUUGGAUGGUCAUUUUGGGUUAACAUAUCUGGAACUCUGUGUUAAGGCUCAAUAAAGUUAGCGAAGCUCCAAAUACAUAUUCUUAAAACGAGAUGUCUUCAAAUUGUGCUUAACAGGGGUUAAAGAGUACACUCGUCGAUUUAUCGUAAGUUUUAUCAUUCUGUUAUAACAGGCCUAAAUAUCAUUUGCAGGUGUGUCAUGGAAAAAGGUGUGUUUAAGAAAUUAUGGUCGUUACUUCAAUGGGCAGUAUUUAGUUUUGCAACGCUUGGAAUGUUUGCCAUAAGCUUGGUAAGAAUAAAUACCUUAUAACAACAGAAUUCUAUCAUUUAUAAUUAUCUCCCUGGAUCGUUACUGCCGGCAGAUGUUUCUUUCUGGCAUGAUUUUUAUCAUGUACGAAGUCGUUCCCGCCGCCGAUGAUGGCGAGAGAGAUACGGACGUCGCUUUUCCCUUUUUCUUUUUCCUUCUACAGCGUACUUCUCCUCCUCCUCCUCCUCCUCCUUCUCCUCCUCCUCCCCCACCUCUCUUCACCUUAGAGAUCUACUCUCAGGCUACAAAACUAAGUAAUGUUUUGGUCUGUGGUAGGUGCCUUACACAGAUAUUAGUCACAAGGCAAAAAGCAACUUGUGGCCGGUGAUUCACAGAUGGAGACAGAAGACAGAUGCUUUUGAACUUGUGAACUCGUAUGGCUUAUUUAGAAGGUGAAUAUUUUAAUUCUUUCAUGACUCCCGGGAUUAAUGAAGCGGUCUGGUAACUGGUCUUUCUAACUUUUGAGUCUAUGAAAAAUUCCUAUGGUGUUACCAUUCAAACAAAAACAGUACUUUCUCAUGGUAGAAUUGGUUUUCCAGUAUUUUUGGCCGCUUUCGGGAAUAACUGGGUUAAUUUCUAAAUUUGUAUUACCAAAUCCCCCCCUCCCGGUGUACCACAGGAGAGUAUAGUUAGGUGGUUUUCAUUUGAGCGUUCACCCGGAAGGAUUAGUCCCAGACGCUCAAAACUGCGUUCGAUGCGUUACUCACUUCUGGUGGUGAUCAGUGUAGAGUUGUCCAUUAGAAAUAAAAUAAAAUAGAACUAACGCUGCAUGUUAUACUUUAGCAAGUUUUAUUUGUCAAUUGUUCACAAUGAAAAAUAAUUGCACGCAUCAUAUCUACGCAACAAGGACUAAACUUGCUAAUUAGAAAUUAUACGGCUCAAUAGAAUUAGCUUUUGAAGUACAUUCUCCUCCUUGUUUAGUAUGACUGGUGUUGGUGGCCGACCAGAGGUAAUCAUAGAAGGCAGUAAUAAUAUUGAUGGCCCAUGGAUGGUAAGUAUGGAAUUCGCCGUCGGCGUGUAAGAGCCUCUAUAUUUAAUUGCCCUACCGACCCUAUCAUGGGGACCUUUAGUUUCUAGGACAACUACGAGUAAAAGGUUUUCUCAAUACUAAGUAGUGCGCCACGUGAACCAGCGUCAUUUUGGCGAUCAGGAAAAAUCUCUGUAUCUUCUGAAGAGUAAAAAGAAAGAAAUAAUUAAACCAUUGUUUGUUUUUAGACAUGCCUACUUGUUCAAUAAGGAAUAAAUGAAAAAGGGAAAGUAAAAGAAGAAUUCGUGUUUGCAUUAUUUUUAGGAGUACCACUUUCACUAUAAACCAGGAAAUGUUUCUGAGCCUCCUCCGGUAGUUGGUAGGUUGUUUUUUUCUUGUUGUUGUUGUUUUGAAGGACUCUUCACACUAGGGACGAAAAGUUUCAGUUUGUACGCAAAGUUGCGUUCACAUGCUGCACGUCGUAAAUGCGGUUAGUUUGUUUUGAAUUUGCAGCUUUUGGUCGUAUCGAACAUAUUUUCGUCGAAGCCAAGAGUAGGGCAAAAAUCGCAGUAAUGAACAAAUUUUUGCUGUCCCCACCGUCUCCCGCACCCAACGUAACUAAGUACUUCUCAUCUUAACUUCCGUCUUAGUUAUAAUGUACGAGGGGGAUGACAUUCUCGUCCUCAGUCCCCUUCCCUUCUUUUUGUCACAUGGUCUUUAAACGAGUAGCUCUGUAGACAAGAAUGGAGAGGUAGGGCAGGGGCAAUAGGUAAUUACUUCCACUUCCAAAGCUCCCUUUACCCGAGCAUCUUCCUUGGCAACUUUUCCCUGUAUCUUUAAUGGGAACACUUGAAAACGUUUUGUUCCUAAAAAUGGUCCUUUACAUUUCCAAAACUGACACUUUGUCCAAAAUACUUUACAUACUAAACUCCUGAGACGAUUCUCUUAUCUCAUUAUUUCAGCGCCUCAUCAGCCUCGUUUAGACUGGCAGAUAUGGUUUGCCGCCCUGGGCAGUUAUGAGUACAAUCCUUGGUUUGUGCACCUUGUCUACAGACUUCUUCAAGGACAGCAGGACGUAUUGGAUCUGUUAGCUAAGAACCCUUUUCCUAAGAGAGCUCCUACCUAUAUUAGAGCCAAGCUUUACAAGUACCAUUAUACGGAGAUGCCUAAAAAUAUUACUUCAGUCUCUGAUAUUCUGCAAAAUAACAAGUUAGUAUAAAUGACAACAAAAGGAUAGCUGUCACUUCCCCAAUCAAACGUCUAUGUUUCCUCUUUCAUCUUAGAAGCUUGUUCAUAAUCAGAUAAUACGUACGUGCCAAAAAAUUGCUUAAACAUUUUUUUUUGCUCCAGCUACCGGAAUCUCUUCCGGAAAGGGGAGAACCCUCCUGCAUGCCUUUUGGAUAGCAAAAUACAAAUGCACUUCCAAAAUGCCAUUUGAUGCUCAGACCGAUCCUAUAUUUAAAGGUUUGCAAAUGCUGAAGUUCUCUGAAAUUUGCCUGUUUCAAGUUGGAAAGUGGAAGUAAUGUUAUAAAAUAGGCCUGCUUCCCAAUGUAAUCAAAGAAAUGUCUUUAAUGACAAAUCAAGUUCAUUCCUAUAAAAUCAGAAAUCCAAAUACUUUCUCCUUAUUUCCUGCACAAACAAAUAAAAAACUUUUUGGUAAAAGGUUUCAAGGGUUCAUAAAAGUUUUCAUUUCACUAAAUCACAAUAUACAAAGUGCUGCUACUAUCUUUAUUUUAAACCCAGAUUGAAAACAUUUCUCCUUAACUGAUUCGCCUCUUGUUUUUUCUGCUGCUUUUUGUCCGUUUAGUGUGUUUUGUUUUGUUUCCUAUAUAUUGUACAUGUACUUCAAUAUGAUUUCGCCGCCUAUUUAUUUUAUUUAUAGUCUUGGGUUAGGGAGGGAGCUCAUGUAAUAAACCCCCACGGUUUCAAUUUGAGUUUUUCCACCAAAAAAAAAUACCUCCAAUUCUUCCACUUGUGUAAUUUGCGUCACUUUCGUUCUUUAACUAUCAUUUUUAUAUUAUAUUGAAUGUCUGUGUAUUUUUUUUUUCUGGCAAAUAAAUAAACUGAAACUGUUACUAACCGAAUAGCAUUACUAGCAUUGCCUUCACCUUACCCUUUAUGCCCCAGAUUUCCCUUAUAUUAUCACUACUAACUGUUUUACAAGGUUAUGACUUACAAGAAAGGAAAUGCUCAGUUGAGGUGUGCUGACUCUUUAGCAAAUACUCCUCCCUGGUACUAUAAGAAUAUACAAAGAAAAGUGUGGAGAACAAAAUAGUCUAUAAUAUUUUGCUGAUGUUGUUUUCUCUUUUAGAUUGGUAAAACAUUGGUGGUGGCGUGAGACGGUGAGAGACUACUUACCCAUCCUGACUGUCGAUGAACCAUCACUGAUCACCUGGCUCAAUCAAUAUGGUCUGGCUAAGGUCUCUAUUGUCUGUAUUGUCUUCGGAUUUAAAAAUGAACGGAAUGAAUUUCAUCCCUAGACUCAAAAGUUAGAACCACCUUGUAAAGCAUAGUAAACAGCACCACAGGAAAGUACUGAGCCCCUCAGUAGUUUUCAUUUGAAUGGUCACACUUUAGGAUUUCAUCCACACACUCAAAAGUUAGAACCACCUUGUACAGCAUAGUAAACAGCACGACAGGAAAGUACUGGUUAGUACCUUUUAUUACAACGGACACAAUUUAGGAUUUCAUUCUCAGACUCAAACGCUAGAACCUCCUUAUGCAGCAUAAUAAACAGUACCACAGGAAAGUACUGCUCUGCACAGUAGCUUUUAUUUGAUUGGUCAAAAUUUAGGGUCUCAUCCUCAGAUUCAAGAGUUAGAAGCACCGUGAAGAGCAUAGUAAGUAGUACCACGUACCGCAGAAAAGUACUGCUUAGUAGGUGUCAUUGAAUGGUCACCCCAUUACCAUAGGAUUUCUUCCACAGACUCAAAAGUUGAAACCACCUUGAACAGCAUAACAACUGCAUGAGUUGCGUCUUUUACUGCGAUACCUAAGGAUUUCAUUCACAGACUCGAAAGUUAUCUCAUUCGCCAUGAUGACUCAGAAUUUUACCCAUGACUAUUUACCUGUACUUAUUUGUAAUUAAUACUUUAAAUUUUCUUUUAUUUAGGACGAACCAUGGCCUGAACGUCCAUCAGGGCGUCCAUACAGAGCUAUAACUUAUCUCCGAUCAAUCGUUCGAACCCUAGAUGCCAUUCGAUUUAUGUGGGCGCUUUUUGCAUGCGGAUUGCUUAUGGCCCUUUUUAAGUUUCCAAAGCAGCAAUAAAUAUUUAUGAGCAGACUGUAAUCACAGCUCAGAUAACUGUGAUAAGUUCCAAAGUCUAGUCUAUAUACAUGUAGAAUGAAUCUAGAAUUUACAUGCUAUGUUAUUUUUAUCAUGUGAAAACAGUAUCAAUUCAUUUAAACUAUAGCCCGGAUGUUGGGGCGAGAAUCUUCCGACCUACAUUGAAAAAUUACACGCAGCUUUUACUGAAGAUUGGGUAGCGGUAAAAGUCAAAAUUAAUUUCAUUGUUUCAUCCACUGCCUAUGGAGAACUGUACAUUAAUUUAUCCAAAAACACGGUAAACAGGUCAGCGUACAAUAUUGAGUUGCUGACAGUGACUUCAGUGUUGUUGGCAGUGACUCCCAUAAAAAAAGAUACGGGAUGAGCGUUUUCUCGCUUAGGGAUGUAAAUUAUGGAUUUUGGUCUUAUAAACUCUGGACGGAAAGCCAAAGUUUUUAGCCAUGUAGUUCACUCCUAGGAUUGUGCGUAAAGAAAUAAGGACUUCAAGCACCGACAACGGCAACGGCAACGGCCACCGUGAAAGAGACUGGGGAGAUAACAUCAAUUCAAAAAGAACCUGAAUGCGGUUGUUGUUUUUGGAACAUGUACGUGAUAGUCGAGAUAGCGGAACAAACGGAGCAGUAAUGAAAAAUAAGCUUUAAUGUAAAACAGAAGCAUAUGCUUCUGUGUAAAAUAACUGAAGUGAAGUAAAGUAGCUUUACCAGCCUCGCCUCAGCCUUUAUUCACACAUGUCAAGUGUUUUUCUCUCAUGCAGUUAAACAUGUGAAAAUCUCAAGUCUUUGUUAUCAGGCCAAAAACGUUCAAAGUACUUUACUUUUCCUAGAAGCUAUCUAAUGCCAAAUUUAUAAGAAUUUUGCAAAAAUACCAAAGGAAAACUAAAGUUCAGUACUCACGUUUUGUCACAACGGCAAAAUACCAAUUCUCACUUUGCGACGUGACGGGAACAGUAGACGUUUUUUCCUUGCACUGACAUCGCCUUUCGUGCUUUGUGUAUACCCUGAGGGCUCUCCAUUGCCGUUGCCUUUCUUGUUGUCACUGCUCAAAGUCCUUAUUGUCUAUGAAGGCCGCCGUGCCAUGCUGAAGACAACUGUCAAAAUCACUUCAACAGUAGUUUACGACUUCUUCUGCGCUUAUUGGUUAAGAUCUAUAAUCUAUCAAAGUAAAGACCAGGAUAAAUUGUUGUUUAUUUGUUUAAUAACUCUUAUUAUUCAUGUUAAUUCAUUUCUUUGUUUGUGUCCUCUAAGACUCGCUGUCAUGCUGAAUUUUAAUAUAUCGAAAGUGGCCUAUUGCUCUGGCAUAGAUAAUAAUAUAAAACAAAGCGAUUUUUAAAGCAUUUCCUAAAAAGGAAAGCAUCAAACCAAAUAAUUAAUACAACCCAUAAGGCCAUUGGGCGCCAUAACCACACCGGCCAUAGUGAGCUUUACAUUAGUACUAAUAUUAACAGAGGCAACAAUAGGAUAAAAUGAAC